CCCGGGAACCAGAGCUGAAGCUUAUUCCUCAGAGUACAUAGAUUCGCCAGCUGAGUCCUACUCCCUCCAAUCACUACUCUACGACACCCCGGUGCGGUCCGAUUUAGAGACCUCUACCCCGCAAACAACUAAGUCGGUCUGAUAUCUCUGCUGGUCAAGGUUUGACAAUAUAACAAGUGGUGCAUCAAGUCGUCGCAUCCUCAGCCCUUUGCGACUUACCCGCAUACAUCCAUCCACUAUCUAGCCAGCGCAAGCAUCCGCGAAAAUGGGUUGUGGAAUGAGUACCGAAGACAAGGAGGGGAAGCAGAGAAAUGAGGAAAUUGAGUCCCAAUUGAAGAAGGACAGGAUGUUGCUGCGGAAUGAGAUUAAGAUGCUCUUGCUCGGUGCCGGAGAGUCUGGAAAGUCUACGAUUCUGAAACAGAUGAAGCUUAUCCACGAGGGUGGUUACUCAGCAGAUGAGCGCGAUUCCUUCAAGGAGAUCAUCUUCUCCAACACCGUGCAGUCAAUGCGCGUGAUCCUCGAAGCAAUGGAGAGUAUGGAGAUUCCUCUCGACGACUCACGAAACGAAUACCACGUUCAGACCGUCUUCAUGCAACCAUCACAAAUUGAGGGCGAGUCCCUGAGUAAGGAGGUUGGUGAUGCCAUUCGAGCGUUGUGGAAGGAUGUCGGUGUUCAGGAAUGUUUCCGGAGGUCAAGGGAGUACCAGUUGAACGAUUCGGCACAGUACUACUUUGACUCUAUCGACCGUAUCGCUCAGCCCGACUACCUUCCCAACGACCAAGAUGUCCUCCGUUCUCGUGUCAAGACAACCGGUAUCACCGAGACCACAUUCAUCAUCGGUGAACUCACUUACCGCAUGUUCGAUGUCGGAGGUCAGCGAUCCGAGCGAAAGAAGUGGAUCCACUGUUUCGAGAACGUUACCACCAUUCUCUUCUUGGUCGCCAUCUCUGAGUAUGACCAGCUUCUCCUUGAAGAUGAGACCGUGAACCGUAUGCAGGAGGCUCUUACUCUUUUCGACUCAAUCUGCAACUCUAGGUGGUUCUUGAAGACGUCUAUCAUCCUGUUCUUGAACAAGAUCGAUAUCUUCAGAGAUAAGUUGCAGGCCAGCCCCUUGAAGAACUAUUUCCCGGACUACGAUGCCGGAGAUGACUACAACUCGGCGUGCGACUACGUCCUCAACAGGUUCGUCAGCUUGAACCAGAGCGAGGUCAAGCAAAUCUACACUCACUUUACCUGUGCUACUGACACCACUCAAAUCCGCUUCGUUAUGGCUGCCGUGAACGACAUCAUCAUUCAGACCAACUUGAGGGAGUGUGGUCUUAUUUAAGCUACGUGAUGGUGUCUAAAAGG